UGGACGUCGCCGCUGAUCCGGAUCCGGAUCCGCCCAGCCAGGCGUCACGGCAGGCACCGACAAGAUGGCCGAGAGUACGGGACGAAAGUGAGGGAGGAAACAAAAACACGCUGGCGAGGGGUUUUCUUGCCGCAGACGCAAGACGCGCGGAGCCGCCGAGGACGCCCCGCACCAGCGCAGAGACACGCGCCGGGUUCAUCGGAGACUCCGUCCCGCGGAUGACAUUUGCCGUAUGCGGGCAAACUACGCUCGGAGGCAGCCCCCAGCCCCAGCUCCAGCCCCCAGCUCCAGCUAGCGGAGACGCGGAGCGUUUGUCGGGUCGUCUAGCGAGCUAACAGGCUAGCCAUGCUAACUAGCUGACAGCAGCGGAGAGCGAGAAUAGGCUUUCGGAAAGUGACACUUUGGGGAAUAUUUAAAUAAAUAGUUGCUCCUGUGUGUUUAUUUCUGGCAACCGAGGUGUGUUGUUGCAGCACGGCUUCCCUUGUGUGAUAAAUUAAAGUAACGCACUAGUUAGGGCUCAGCUAAGGGGCUUAGCAAGCUACCAUUGCGGAUUUCUUGUUUGCAGCUUCGGAGUUAGCAUUAGCUUUUAGCUCUGUUUUGAGGGACUUGGAGUUGCUCCCGCACGGGAAAGUGACACGGGUGCGUGUCCCGUGGAGGGGGUGGAAGGAGAUUUUUCUGCCUACUGCGAGAGUAGUUGCGGCGGCAGCCCUGUGGGACAUCAGCUGCCCCUCAGCCCGGACUGUAAACACGAGUGAAGCCGAGGAGGAGACCUCAGCCCUGCCUUGUUGGACGAGGCGUGAAUCCAGCCAGCAUCACCCACCAUGGCUCACUCUCCCGUCCAGGGCAACCUGCCGGGGAUGCAGAACGCCCGAGCGGACCCGGAGGAGCUGUUCACCAAGCUGGAGCGCAUCGGCAAGGGCUCCUUCGGCGAGGUGUUCAAGGGCAUCGACAAUCGCACGCAGAAGGUGGUGGCCAUCAAGAUCAUAGACCUGGAGGAGGCGGAGGACGAGAUCGAGGACAUCCAGCAGGAGAUCACCGUGCUGAGCCAGUGCGACAGCCCCUUCGUCACCAAGUACUACGGCUCGUACCUGAAGGACACGAAGCUAUGGAUCAUUAUGGAGUAUUUAGGCGGAGGCUCGGCGUUGGAUUUGAUGGAGCCUGGAGCUCUGGACGAGACUCAGAUCGCUACCAUCCUGAGAGAAAUCCUCAAGGGCCUGGAGUACCUGCACUCUGAGAAGAAGAUCCACAGGGAUAUCAAAGCCGCCAACGUGCUCCUGUCCGAGCAAGGCGAGGUGAAGCUGGCGGAUUUCGGCGUGGCCGGCCAGCUCACGGACACCCAGAUCAAACGCAACACCUUCGUGGGGACGCCUUUCUGGAUGGCCCCCGAGGUCAUCAAACAGUCGGCCUACGAUUCCAAGGCUGACAUCUGGUCUCUGGGCAUCACGGCGAUCGAGCUGGCGAAGGGCGAGCCCCCCCACUCGGAGCUCCACCCCAUGAAGGUUUUAUUCCUCAUCCCAAAGAACAACCCGCCCACGCUGGAGGGCAGCUACAGCAAACCGCUCAAGGAGUUUGUCGAGGCCUGCCUCAAUAAAGAGCCCAGUUUUAGGCCGACUGCCAAAGAGCUGCUGAAGCAUAAACUGAUCGUCCGCCACGCAAAAAAGACCUCCUACCUGACCGAGCUAGUGGACAAGUACAAGAGGUGGAAGGCGGAGCAGUCGAGAGCCGCGGAGUCCAGUUCUGAUGAGUCUGACUCAGAGCAGGACGGCCAGGCGUCGGGCGGGAACGACUUCGGCAGCGACGACUGGAUCUUCACCAUCCGAGAGAAGGACCCCAAGAAGCUGCAGAACGGGGAGGGACAGUCGGGGGGCGCAGACCAGACAAAAGACAUUCCAAAGAGGCCUUAUUCACAGAGCCUGGCCACAGUCAUCUCUCCUGCGUUAGCUGAGCUGAAGGCGAGACAGGAGCAGGUGAACGGGAACCCCAUGGUCCUGGACGAGCUGAGGGAGGCCAUCCUGCUGGCGGAGGAGGCCUACCCCGGCAUCUCCGACUCCCUGGUGGCCCACAUGGUGCACAGGCUGCAGAGUUUCUCCACAAACCGGACGUCCUCCUCCUCCUCCCCCUAGUGAUUGGCUCUCCUAGGCUCCGCCCUCCCCUCCUCCCCCCCCUCACGCCCCUCCAGCGCCGCCGGGUUAAAAGCCAGGGGUCAAGUCACUCAAUACCAGCUGACCGCGUUCGACCUCCCUCGUGUGGGUGUGUGCAGGGGGGCGCUGGGAGGAGGUGUGCUAUCCUAGACUGUAAAAAAAAACAAAAAAAUUCAAAAAAUUCAAAAAAAUACAAAACUAAAUAAAUAAUAAAGACUCCACUCCGAAACCGAAGCGGAGAAGAACGGGAGCUUCUCGGGGCCGCGACGGGACGAAGGCUCGAGCGUCGGAGCGUCCAGAGCGUCCGGGCCGAGACUCUGACCUCCCGCCUCCACGCGGAGCUGAAAUUCUCCCCCCAGCAAGACUUCAAGUCCUCCCUCUUAUUCCAGGCGCCACAUCCCCAGAACCUCUGAGAGCAUGCUUGAUGAACCUGCAGGGAAAUUAUCUUAGUGGGCGAAUGUGUGUGAGUGUGUGACUGAAUGAGUGCGAAUGGAAGACUCCCUGUUUAGGCAAAUUGCAGCAUUCUUAAUGAAACCUCAGGUAAAGUGCUUUAAGUGGACUUUGUCCUCCGAGGCAGUGGGAAGGGGAGGGGAGGGGACGGGGUGGGGGGGGGGGGUCGCCACGCUGUACAUGAUUUCAAGUCGUCAUUGCGGGGAAAUGAAUCACUGUGUACAAAAUGGUCAUGCGCAUUUUGUAGAUACUGAUGAGAAAAAAAAGACAAAGUAGAUAUUUAAAGAUCUCAAAAGUUACUCGAAAAACGGACGGAACAGAAAAUGCCUUGCCUUCUUUUUUGGGACACACGUCUAUUUACAUCCUGGCAUUUUUUUUUUCCUUCUUCUUCAUCAUCAUCAUUAUUAUUAUUAUUAUUAUUGUUAUUAUUUGUAUCUCCGAUUUCAUUUCAGUGAGGUCCAUCAGUGUUUUUAGGUCAGAGUUCACCUGCUGAGUCAUCAAACUAACCGUGAUACUAAGCUCGUUUAGAGGAGGACGCUGUUAUCUUGUACUUACGUUUAGACAAUUUGUUUGAAGUUGCGUAGGAGACGAAUGAAGGCGGAGGACAGUUACGAGGGGGAACCACUGUGGGCAAGGUGGACGCUGAUAUCAUGUGAAGUAUUAUUGUCCCUCGGCUCGUAGUUUCUCCUUUAGAGCAGCUGCUUAGAGGCGGAGGAAAAAAAGCUGCGAGGUCAAUAGAAGGCAAUCACACCACGACACUUUUUACUUGUUUCUUUUUGGUUUUUGUUUUUGUUGUUUUGCUCACGGCCAAAUCAACUCCGUAGAUCGGGACGAGCCAAGCUGCAGCGGAAUUGAACGCCAUCCUCCAGACUUGUUCAGUUCUCACCUCCACACAGUGCUAUAGAAGUGCCAUGUCCUCUUUUUAUUAUUGCUUUCACCUGAUAUUUGUAGUAUGAUUUGCACCUUUUUUUCUAAUUUUUCGGAUCCGUUGUUUUGUUUUUUGUUUUUUUUUUGCACUUUGAAAGUGUGUUGGAGUAUUUAAAGAGACCUGUACGAGGAAGAUAAAACUACAACAAACAAACAAACAGAAAUAAAGUUGCUAAUAGCCAUGUUUUACUAUAUAUAUGUUUACUUAAGAGUUCCAGAAUUUACUACUGUGCUAAUGCAGCAAUAAUGUUGAGGAGUUGCAUCAAGACGCACUUGUCAACACAGGGAUUGAGAGAAAUUAAGAAAUAUCUGAUAUUUUUAUAACUGCAAAGAAGACUUAAGUAUGGAAAUAUGGAAUGCUUUAUGGAUAUGGGCACCUGCCUCUGGCAAAAAAGAAAAAAAACUUAAAAAAAUAUCUAUACCUUACAGAAAAAAAAAAACAAACAUAUGCUACGGAAAUAACUACAAAAUGUGUACAUUUGGUCUCCUUUAUCAUAGCUGACAGUUUAUAGUACUGUAUAUAAUCUUUGCUUGUGUCAUUUGAGAAUUCCCAAGUUAAAUGUAAGCUCCUUGUAAGCUUUCGAAGUGACAUGAGAAAUAAAGAUCUAAUGCUAACUGA